GAGGAGGAGGAGGAGGAUGGCGGGGGACAGCGAGCAGAGGCUGGAGGAGCACGGGCAGCCCAGCGGCGGGGAGCCCUUCCUCAUCGGGGUCAGCGGCGGCACGGCCAGCGGCAAGCUGUCCCAAUAACAUCGUGUCUGGCGCUGCUGAACUGUUAUGUCUCUGAACACUCUGUCUCUGGCCCACAAGUCCUCAGUGUGCUCCAAGAUCGUCCAGCUGCUGGGCCAGAACGAGGUGGACUACCGCCAGAAGCAGGUGGUGAUCGUGAGCCAAGACAGCUUCUACCGGGUCCUCACCUCAGAGCAGAAAUCCAAAGCGCUCAAAGGCCAGUUCAAUUUUGACCACCCAGAUGCCUUUGACAACGAGCUGAUCGUGAAAACGCUCAAAGAGAUCACGGAAGGGAAGACGGUCCAGAUUCCUGUCUAUGACUUUGUCUCCCACUCCAGGAAAGAGGAGACGGUGACCGUCUACCCUGCCGACGUGGUGCUCUUCGAAGGCAUCCUGGCCUUUUACAGCCAGGAGGUGCGGGAUCUUUUCCGCAUGAAGCUCUUUGUAGACACGGACGCAGACACCCGGCUGUCCCGCAGAGUGCUACGAGACAUCAGCGAGCGAGGCAGGGACCUCGAGCAGAUCUUAUCUCAGUACAUCACCUUUGUCAAGCCUGCCUUCGAGGAGUUCUGUUUGCCAACCAAGAAGUAUGCUGACGUGAUCAUUCCCAGAGGAGCAGAUAAUGAAGUGGCCAUAAACCUGAUAGUGCAGCACAUCCAGGACAUUCUUAACGGAGGACUCAGCAAACGCCAGAGCAACGGCUACCUGAACGGCUACACUCCUCCCCGCCAGCGGCAGCCCUCAGAGUCCAGCAGCCGGCCUCACUGACCCCCGGCGGCAGGCGUGAGGCUGGGGUCGGAGGGCGCUCGGGCGCUGCCACUGCCCCUCUGUACAUACUGUCCGUUCAGUCCCCCCUUAUCUAUUUAAGAAACCAGACGGAGACGAAUGCCUUUAAUUUUGUAUGUUGGAAAUGCCGAAUGAGAAGCAGCCGGCUGCUCGGGAGCCUGGACCGCCCACAGCUCCUGGCCUUGCUCAAUAACUCCUCCAGCACGGAACCGGCUAUAAAUCUCUAUAAAUAUA